AUGUCCGAUGAUGAAGCGGACCCAGAUCUUCUUGAUUUCCUCCGCAAUCACUUCCAGAAAGCUUCCCUCGUACCUGAGAUCCCCGAAACGCAUGUCUUGGACGGGGCCGAGUACGUGUACGACAACUCCAUCGAUGUAGCUCUCGACUCGCAGUCAUGUCGAAGCGCUGCUGCCAUGAUAUAUGAGCAGAUGCAGAAGAAAGACUACUCGACCCAGACCUGGGCAUCACAUGAUUUUCAUCCCCAAGGGAAGGACGAAAGCACUGUAGACUUCAUCUUCACCAUGGAUCUCUUGAACUUUUCAUUCUGGUCCGAGAAGGACGACGAGGAGCGGUUUGCCGUUGACUACCAAGGCAAGAGAUGGACUGGCUACAAAAGUUUGGUUGCUGCAUUGCAGCGGGCGCUCGAAGAUGAUAUCCCAAUCACAUCUCCAGACUUCUGGCAAGAUGAAGACAGGUGCACUGAAGAAGUUUUAAAACAUGUCUUCAGAAGUGCAACCGAAGAGGAGAUCCCGCUGUUUGAAGAGCGAAUGCGGUGUCUCCGCGAAGCAGGCCAGGUGCUAUGCGAGAAAUACCAAUCAAGUUUUUCUGGAUGCAUAGAAGCUGCCGCAUGUUCUGCAGCGGCUCUAGUCAAUAUACUAGCGGCAGAUUUUCCCUGUUUCAACGACGUGGUGCAGUACGAGAACCGCAAAAGCGUCCAGAUCCUCAAAAGAGCUCAAAUCUGUGUUGCAGAUCUCUGGGCAGCAUUUGAUGGUCAGGGUUUCGGGGAGUUUCACGACAUCGACAAGAUUACGAUGUUUGCAGACUAUCGAGUACCCCAAAUUCUGAAUUCCCUGGGAUGCUUAUGGUACAGCCCAGCUCUCGAGACCGCAAUCCGAAAGAAACAGUUGAUAGAGAGUGGCCACCCAUGGGAAAUCCAGCUUAGAGGUUGUAGUAUCUGGUGCGUAGAACUGAUCCGCAGAGAUAUUCUACGGAAUCAUCCAGAUGCCAAGAUCAAUGCUAUCCUGAUAGAUUUCUUUCUAUAUGAUACAAUGAAGGAACUGGAGGUGGCUGGGCAAGAACAGUUACCCCACCAUAGAACUCGAAGUAUAUGGUAUUGA